UCUUUUCAUUUCCUCCAAGCAUAUUUCGCAAAUUUUUUAUACAAACUAAAAAGAACAACAAUCCAAAUAGAAAAUCAAAAACCACACAAAACAACAAUUUCAAGAAAAAGAGAAAAAUGAACCAGACCGCGUGGAUGUGUGUAUAGAAACCUUUCCUUAUCCGAAUCCGCAAACGGAGAGAGAGAAGAGAGAGAGAGAGAGAGAGAGAGAGAGAGAGAGCUAAAAAAGGGAAACUCAAAUGGCAACCACCAUAUCACCACCCACUCUCCACCUCACCAGCCCACUAUUCUCACCCCUCCUCCCUCCCAAACCCCACUCUCCCAGACCCACCCGAGCCACACCCCAAGACUCCGACUCCGACUCCGCCCCCACCGAGCCCGACCCGGACUCCUUCGAGUCCCGCCUCUCCCAGGUCCGGAUCCGCUACCGAUCCGGACUUGGCAAAAAAGCGGAGGCCCGAAAAAUGCGAAAGGGCAAGAAGCCGGCCUCCUCCCCCGCCGGGAUAUUCCUUCCUCCGGUGCCCCUGAAGGAGCCGGUCUCCAGCGGGGUCAAGGUGGACUUCGGGUUCACUCCCUAUUCGGAGCGGGUCAACGGGCGGGUUGCCAUUCUUGGACUGUGUGCUUUGCUGCUGGUGGAGCUGGCCACGGGCAGAAGCGUCAUUAGUUACCAUUCGCCGCCUAUUGUGUUCUUGCAGUUGUAUUUUGUGGCGGCGGUUACGGCGGUUUAUGUCAAGUUUGAGAAAGAGAGGAUUAGUGUUUGGCCACAGUAAGCAUUACCAUACCACCAAUUCAAGAAACAUAUUUGAUGUAUUACGGAAAUGCUUAGGACGCAUAUAUCUAGACACGGAUGUGUUUGCAACAGCCGAUGCAUGUAGGUUCCGCGCGUGUUGAGCCGAGCAUAUGUGUUUGUAACACUCAAUGUUAUAAUAAGCAUGUAGAGAUAUGGGUGAUCAAAAUUUUGGUUUUGGGAAA